UGUCCUAGAUAUUUAUCGGACAGCAUCUUUUUGUACAAGGUAUACCUACAUUAUCAGUAUUUGGUGUCGCAAAUCCUUGAAACUUUCAAUUCAUCACAUGCAUGUAAACAUUUAAACCAGAAGGAGGAAAAAAUCAACUUACACCUGUUCAGUAAAAGAUAUCUUACAAUGAGUGAGAAACAGCCGAUCAUAUCCUCACAGCCCGGCGGGUACCAGCAAGGGCCAGUGGUAAUGGUUCAACCAGAGUUCGGUUCUGUGCAGGGGAAGAUUAUUAUUCCUAUGACCGGUAACAGAGACUGGUCGUCUGGUAUCUGUGACUGCAUGCAAGAUGCCACAAACUGUGUUAUGGUUGCAUUCUGCGCACCUUGUGUCCAGUGCCAGAUUGCCACUCGUAUGGGCGAGAAUGUAUGUGUGCCCUUCUGUGUCCCCGGUGCAAUGAUAGCCCUUAGACAGAGGUUGCGGACGCUUGGUGGCAUACAGGGUACCCUUUGUGGUGACUGUCUGGUGUUUGCAGUAUGUGGUCAAUGUGCAUUAUGUCAGAUGAAGAGAGAAAUGGAUAUCAUGGGGAUUGUGUAAAUGCUGCAACAGUGUACAUAACUAAAGAAAAAAUAAACAGUAUAUUUCACAGACCUUUCGCCAAAGACAAAUGUGUUUCCUACUUAUAUGUACAAACCGAUAGAUGCAUAAUUUACGCCACAUUCACGUUACAUAACAUUAUUCUUUUGAAGAAAAAAAGGAAGAUAAUAUGA